AUGGACCAAAAGCACAGAGAACUCAGCCCUAUAGGCAUUAGUUCGACGCCCAUUAAGUAUAGCUUUGAGAGUUCCGGGCCGCCUACGCAGGACUCGAUCUCUAAACCUCUAAACUUCACGCAUAAAGAACAAUUUAGUGAGGGCGACGAGCCAGACAUAUACAACGCACUAGAUGAUGCUAAUAGGCUGCAGUACGAAAUUGAUUUGCUUUUCCGGCGAUAUGUCGAUGCUAACAAGGAAAUUCGGGCAGAUAUCGACGACUUCUGUCAGAUUAGCGGCGAGCGCCGCUCAUCUCGUACAUCUUUCGCGGCAAACGACAGUUCAUUCUAA